UCGAGAUCACGUGACUCGUCCAAUUUAAACUUCCGUAAUGGUUAAGUCAACUUUUCCCAGCUGAAACAAACGAGCGAAAGAGUAAUGGACGAGCCAUCUCUACGACUUCGACAGGCCCUGGACAAGUUUAUCAAACAUGUCGACGACUUGAUUGAAGAGGAGGACCCCGCCGGAAAUGGUUUUCACCGAGAAUACAGGGAACUGAGAGAAAUUGCCGCUCAUCACAAAGAAAAUGACACUUUUCCUGCGAAUUGGGGCAAACAGCCAUACAACACUAAAAAGAAUCGCUACAGGGACAUCGUUCCGUUUGAUGACAGUCGAGUGGUCCUGAAUGAAGUGGAAGGAGAAGAAGGGUCAGACUACAUCAAUGCCAGCUACAUCCUGAAUGUACACAACAAUGAUGCAUACAUUGCCUCCCAGGGCCCCCUACCCACCACCCUGAACGAAUUCUGGAGGAUGACCUGGGAGCAGGAUGUGAGGGUCAUACUCAUGGCCUGUAAAGAGGUCGAAGUUGGCAAGAAAAAGUGUGCUCGCUAUUGGCCCUCGACUUCAAGUGAAGAUGAAGAAUACGGAAACAUACAUGUGCACUUACAAGAAGAAAACUGGUUUGCAGACGACUGUGUUGAGAGAACUUUUGAAGUGAAGCGUGACGGCGAAAACGAACGUCGGAUAGUGACCCAGUUCCAGUACACCGGCUGGCCGGACCACGGAAUCCCCGACGAUAUCGACGUCAUCCUCACAAUGAUAGCCAAGAUGAGGGAAAUCAAGGCUCGCGAAAAAAGCUUUGCCCCAGUUAUAGUCCAUUGCAGUGCUGGGUGUGGUAGGACAGGGACUAUAUGUGCUGUGGACUAUGCUUGGGAUGUGCUCAAAUGUGGAAAACUGGACUGUGACUUUGAUUUGUUUGAGAUUGUGAAAUCUAUGAGGGAGCAGCGACAGUCAAUGAUUCAGACUCCGGAUCAGUUUGAGAUGGCCCAUCGGUGUGUGAGGGAGUUAUUUCAGCAGCACGUGGAGGCAUUGGAAGGCAAUAUUUACGCCAACUUUGAGCCAGUACAGAGAGAUGAGGGGUAUUAUAAUGUGGAACUGGAUGGCCACACAGACCCUAAUAAAGAAGUAGAUCCAUAUGAAACAGUUGGUAUAAACAAUUCAGCUGGCAAAGGAAAAGAUGAUACCAAAAGACCAUCAGUCUCGGCAAUGGUCUCCAUUUUGGAAAGGGAUGCCUUACAAACAGUUGACAUGUACUCCACCCCUCAGGCUUUUGAGGAAGCUUUGGAGGAUCUGAAAAAAGUAGCAGAAGCCGCUCCAAAGAGGGGCUCAAAGAGGAAACCCGAAAUUAAACCCAAACCCGCCUUCGAACCGGAAUCCAGCCAUGGAGGAAAGCCAGCGGGUUAUGAAAAUAUCUGUGAUGACGGGAAGUAUGAAAACAUGAACAAAUCGGAUCAGCUGGUGUUUCACAACCAACAGUCUAGCCCUCAGCUCCCGAAGAGAGAAAAACCUGCUCUGCCUGCUAAGAAGCCUGAAGAUCCUCAUAAAUCGGCAGGAUCUGGUCCUGUCUUUGAAAAUUCUAGAAAACCUGGACCCUCAUUAUCCUCAGAGAAAUCUGGACCUGUCUUUCAGCAGUCCCUUCCUUCUAUGUCAGGACCACAGUUUGAAAUGUCUUCCAGUAGUAAUUUUAACAACUCUUUCCCUCAGCCUGCUAGUUCCAGGUCGGGGCCUCAGUUUGAAACUUCUGCAAAAGCUAAAUCAGGUAACCACUUCCAAGAAUCUACCCCAUCUAGAGAGGGGCUUCAGUUUUCACAGCCUUCAUCAGGACCAGUUUUCGAAAGUUCCGACGCCAGUAGACCUCAAGUGAACUACAGACAAACCAACAGAGACUCGGCUCCCAAAAACAAAACGGUGAUUACGGUGAGCAGCAAUCCGCGGAUUUCAUAUGUGAACAAUAACAUAGAUAAAGAUGGGGGUAAGCCAAAUGCCGACGUGAACUCUUCUCGUAGUUCCAAUGGACUACCUUCUCAGGCAAAGAAUGUCGAUUGUUAUGAGAUGGCUAGACCAGUGCCUGAGAAUCUACAGAGAACUUCUUCUCACGGACCUGCUGUGUAUUCGGAAGUGCAGAAAAAUAGCACGUUUUCCAGGAGUGUUGGGGGGACAAUGAGUGCACAGUUUGACAAUGCAUAUGAAGUUAUUCCAGGCGAAAGUUUUUCUAACAAGAGAAGCAGUGAUUCUAGAAUUGGUUCCUCGAUGAGGAGUGACAUAUACUCAGAGGUUGCAGAUAUGGAUGUCCCUCCCAUUCCUAACAGGGGUUACAAGGAGGAUAGCCCCCCUGUUCAUGCACCCUCCGCCCACACAAUUCAUGGAAUGACCACUUUAGAAAGGAAAUCCGAUUAUGAUGAAAUAGAGGCCGACUUUUUAUCACCGGCCAAGAAAAGCACGGGACUUUUUAAAGGUAACACAACUUUAGCAAAUUUGAAGCACAACAUCAAAGACAAACUUAAUAUUGGAAACAAUAACGAAGAAAUGCAUGCAAUACCAACAAACAUUGUGAAGAAUAGGAUCCGCACUUGGGGACAGACACAAGUCAUAUCCCAGGAUUCAAAACAAGACUCGGAAAAAAGCCUGGUGGCCCGAAGGAUAAGCCAAAUUUCUGGAGGAAAAUUUUGAAAUAAACCAUGUCUUUCAUAAUCAUAUAACAUAUCUUGAUUCAUUCUUUGAAACGGUAUAUUAAGUUUCUUAUCCUUCUGUUUCGUCCAUUUUUUACUCUAGUUUAGGUUUUUUUAUACUUAGUCUAUAGAAAAUAAAAGAAGGUUCUGGAAUCCUUAUUUGUGUGAAUUAUUAUUGUUGCAAGAUUUUAGAGGGCAAAUGAUUAAAUACAAAUAAAUAUGCAGAGUUUAUUUUGCGUGAUAUUCAAAACAUGUUAAGAAGACUGUAAGAUGAAGAAGCACGUGAUAUGCUACAUAUAGUUAAAAAGGGGUCGAUGUUCGUGGGUUUUUUAAGGCCUUAUUGAUCUCUUUUUAAAAAAGAGCUCUAUAUAAAAAUAAAGUAAAAUACCCAAAUUUGAAAUGUAAGAUUUAUGGCUUUCUCUCAUCUAAGUGAUAGUUCAUAGGUAAACAAAUCCUAACUGAAAGUUUUUUGUAGAACUGAUGGUUAAAAUGUUGACCAUCAGUUCUCCCUAAAUUUUAUCCUCUUAAGAAUAUUUUGUAAAGUAUUAAUGAAAAAUAUUUUUAAAUAUUGAACCGGUUUAUUGAGAAAGAAAAUGGAAAGCAGCCUAUGUUUUAAAAAUUAUCCAUUUCCUCAUAUGUUUAAGUAAACCAUCAACAAGUAAGUCGCAAUUUUUUUUUCUUCCUUUUUCAUGCAUAAUGUGAUAUAUUUUGAUAUUGAGCUAAUAAUGACCCAAGGUUUUAUGUUGAAUUUAUAUCUUUUUCCAAGUAAAUGAGUUUGGUUGUAAUAACGUAUGUUGUUUAAAUGCGUGUGUGAUUGUGAUGUUCUCAGUGCUACAGUAGUCAACAGACCAUGACGAUGUAUAAGUGUGUCAUUUUGAUUGGAAUAUAAAAUUAUCUCCUAUAUAUUUUGUUACUUAUACUAGUAAUUAUAUAUUUUAUAUAUAAUGUUAUUACCGUUGGUUUUGCUUUUGGCUUUCUGUAUAGACCUCAUUGAUAUAAUUUAUUUUAUUGUGUUUGAUUGGUGUAAUGAAGAAAUUAUGAUCUCGUUAUGAUAAUAAUUAUCCAUGACUAAAAAGUGAUUAAACAAACACAGGCAAAAAAAAAUAUUUUAUUUUUUUAAUAAAAUUACCUAGUAAAAUUACAAACACUACUAGAAUACUGCUUACUCAUAUUAAACUGAUGUCAUAUAUAUUUUUUGUUAAUGAACUCUUGGCGUUAUUAUUUUUUCAUUUCAUUUUUUACUUCGAAUCAUUUCAUCCUGUUUGCACAAAGUAAUUGAAUCUGACCUUCGAUUUCAACUUACAUCAAGUGAAAUUUUCUACAAGGAAAUAUGUAAAUUUAAGUAACUAAGUGUUGAUGUUUAUGUACAUUCCUUUUUAUAUAAAAAUUAUGCACAUAUGUGUGAUAACGUUAGAUUCAGUUGAAUUUAGUAAUAUUUGUAUAUAUCAAUUAUUUGUUAUUAUUUAUAUAUACAUUUAUUUUGUACACAACAGUAAUACAUUUGGAAAAAAUAAAAUGAGGUUACUGAUUUGAAUUCAU